UGGGGGGUCUCUCCUAAACCACCACCAGUGUGCAGCAUCCACAUUGUCAAAGUGUUACUCACACCAAUGUCCAACUACAUUUGAAAUAAGCUGGAUCAUUUAUUUUAUGUCAGUGUAAGUGGUAUGUACUAGUUGAACAAGUUUGAGUAGAAAAUAGGGAAAUGAUAUGUUUGCUAAUUAAACAGCUGCUGUCACUGCUUAGCUGUACUGUUCAGUAUAUCAGGUCUCAAAGUGAUUGGCCAACAGGUGAAAGGUUUGCUCACUGUUUACAUGAGUUGUUAACCAUUGCCUCAGUCAGUCAGUGUCGCGACAGCAUUAUGUCCUCUCUGUCCGUUCUUCCACCGGAAUGUCUGUUACAGCCUUUCCCCGUCCCCCAGCGACUUAUGCUUGGACCAGGACCAUCCAAUGUGCCUGCACGGAUCGCAGCAGCUGGAGCACAGCCCAUUCUGGGCCACCUGCAUGCAGAAACCAUUGAGAUUAUGAAUCAGAUCAAAAGUGGAAUUCAGUAUGCAUUUCAGACCCGAAACCGAGUGACUCUGGCUGUGAGUGGACCGGGUCAUGCAGCUAUGGAGUGUGCCAUCUUUAACUCACUGGAGCCCGGAGAGAGCGUCCUCAUAGCCAUCAAUGGCAUAUGGGGAGAGAGGGCUGCAGAGAUAGCUGAGAGAAUAGGUGCCAAGGUGAACACGGUUGUAACCUCUGCUGGUGGGUACAUUACAAAUGAGGAAAUUGAGCAGGUAUUAGAUAAAUACAGGCCAGUGGUGUUCUUUCUCACACAUGGAGAAUCCUCCACAGGAGUUGUCCACCCCAUAGACGGCAUAGGUGACCUUUGCCACAAGUACAACUGCUUAUUUCUGGUUGAUUCAGUAGCGGCACUGGGAGGUACUCCUAUCUGCAUGGAUGAGCAAGGUAUUGACAUUAUGUAUACUGGCUCUCAGAAGGUUUUGAACGCACCUCCAGGAACUGCACCAAUCUCCUUCAGUGAGAGAGCAUGCCAGAAAAUAUUUAACAGGAGGACAAAACCAAUCUCUUACUUCUUGGAUAUGAGCUGGUUGGCAAAUUACUGGGGUUGUGAUGACAAGCCUGUACGCGCUUAUCACCACACUGGACCUGUAUCUUCUUUCUAUGGUCUGCGUGAGAGUCUGGCCAUCCUUGCAGAGACUGGUCUUGAGAACUCAUGGAAACGGCACAAAGAGGUUGCAGAGUACUUCCAUAAAGGCUUAGAAGAAAUGGGCCUAAAACUGUUUGUGCAGGAUAAGAAAGCAAGACUGCCAACGGUGACCACAAUAGUAGCUCCCCCAGGAUACGACUGGCGGGAAAUCACAGGGUAUAUUAUGAAGACCUAUAACAUUGAAAUCUCUGGGGGUCUUGGACCAUCUGCUGGCAUGGUUUUGCGUGUGGGAUUGAUGGGAUGUAACAGCAGCAAGGCCAAUGUGGACAAGGUGUUGGAGGCCUUGGCUGAUGCUCUAAAACACUGUCACAAGAGCAGAGUCUGACAGCAUGACCCAUCAUCAAUAAAACAGUCCAGCAUUUUAAUCAUUUAA